GGAGUCGCAAAGCCUCUGCCAUGCUUUGAAGUAUGAAAAGCGUCCGUUGUUCUCAUAGUCUAAGAGCCGUUGAAGUAGAAGAUACAGGCGAGAUGGCAUCUCAACCCGUCAUCGGGAUUGACCUGGGAACCUCAUUUUGCUGCGUGGCAAUCUACCGCGACAACAAAGUCGAGAUUGUGCCCAACAAGGUCGGCCCGCGUAUUACGCCUUCCUAUGUAGCCUUCGAUGCAAGGUCCUGUUAUACGGGCGAGGCCGCGAUGAUGCGAGCAGCGCGAGAUCCCAAGCAGGGCGUUUUCGAAGUCAAGCGGCUUAUGGGGAGAUCCAUCCACCACCCGAAUGUCGAGGAGUACAAGAAGGCUUGGCCGUUCGAAGUUGUGGCGGGACCGCGCAACGGAGUCCGCAUCAAGAUUCCCCGCGUUCCGAGCAAAUUUGGCGCGGGAUUGUUCAAACCGGAGGAAAUCUCCACUAUUUUGCUGAGGGAAAUGAAGGAGAUUGCCGAGACCUUCGCGGGCGAAUUGCCAAUCAGGGAUGCUGUGAUCACCGUUCCCGCCUACUUCAAUAACAGUCAGCGGGAAGCGACGAUGGACGCAGGGCGUGGAGCGGGGCUCAACGUGCUGCGACUGAUGAACGAACCGACGGCGGCGGCCGUGGCUUACAGACAUCAACGGCUGAUAGGGGAGGGGGGCGCGGGAAGGAAGAUCAUGGUAUUUGAUCUGGGCGGCGGGACGUUCGAUGUUUCCAUCAUGGCGGUGGAUGGAUCAUGCGCGGAAGGCGGCUUUGUCGUCAAGGCGGUCGAAGGCUGUUCGGACCUCGGAGGUGCCGAUUUCGACAACAGGCUCGUUAGCAGGGUGGCGGCGGAGUACCGGCGACAGAAUGAUCGCGACCUGCUCGCCGAUCCAAGGAUUCUGCCGAUACUCAGAGAGAAAGCUGUCAUGGCGAAGCACAUUCUGUCUGACGCCGCGGACACUGUAAUUGAACUAUACUGCAGAUCAAUAGACUUUACUAUGAGAAUAGAUCGAUGCGAGUUUGAGGCGCUUAACGACGACCUAUUCGAGAAGUGCAUCUCCACUGUCAAGAAAGCUCUUCAAGCGGCAGGGCUCACCAAACAUGAGAUCUCCGAGGUGGUUCUGGUGGGCGGUUCCACGCGAAUCCCAAGGGUCCAAGAGCUGCUGACGAAGUUCUUCGAUGGGAGAAAGCCGAUAAAGACCGUUCAUCCUGACGAGGUCGUCGCGUACGGGGCGGCGCUGCAGGCGGCCGUGCUGUCUGACCAAGUUCGAGCUGAGGAUAAGCCGGACAUAGCUGUGCACGAUGUCACGGCGAUGAGUAUCGGUGUGCUGGUCCAUCCAGGCGAAUUUAGGGUCCUCAUUCCCAAGAACUCUCGCAUUGAGGCGACGGCGGAGAUCGAAGGUAUUUGCUCGAAGGACUACCAAACAUCGGUGGAAUUCAAACUGUACGAAGGGGAGCGCGCUUUGUGCCGACAGAACCGUUUUCUGGGCGAUUUCAAGCUGGAGGGCUUCACCCCGUCGCCAGCAAAUGGAAGACCGGUGAUGAAACUUGUCCUGAAGGUCGAUUACGACGGCAUUCUCGAUGCCACAGCGCACGCGACUGCGGAUCACGAAGAGCGUGGGAGGACGGUGGGGCUAAGGGUCAGCGUUGGACAAGGGACGUUCAACAAAGAAGGGGCCGAUGCCGUAGCCAACGCCGCGUCAGAUGCGAACGCAGAAGAGGAGGACAAGGCGAUGCGGGCCGUCUUCCAAGCUCGACGAGAUCUUAGGACUCUUUUGUGGGAUUUACGGGACAGUUACUUUGCAAGGUUGUGUCGUUUUGAAAGAGACAGGGUGACGACCUUGUUGCGAUGGUUAGCGGCUGAGGAAGAUUACGCAGCGGCGGCGGCUUACGAAAGAUAUACUAUAGAGCUAACGAAUGUCAAAACGGCUUUAAUCUCUUGUGUUCGUGUUGAUUUGGGUGCUGUGCAUUUGUGCUGUGCAGUCGGCAAGAUCUGCUUCCGACAGGUUAGCAAAAGUUGCAUAUGCUUGGAUGGUGAUGGGGUCAAUGUGAUUGAAAGGGUCAAGCAGCCAAAGCUUGUUGUCAUAUCUGCUGCUGAUGCUUUCAAUCCACCUGAGUGUUUGGACCGGGGGUUGGGCAUCUCACAGGUCUUGUGUUUCUUGAGUUUUCGUGUAAUGGGAUUUUAUUGUGAGGACAUUCUUGGAGGGAGACUUGCUAUAGUAAAGAGCUCCACGAGUUCCUGCUUGUACAUAGCCAUCAACUCCUUCCCCAUGUCGUUGUGGUACUGUCUUCGACCUCCCGGUCCUGGGUUUGCAACCACCGCCUUUCUUCCUUCCCUCACUCGAUUGAAUCCAAGGCCGGGCGGUGUGCCAAGCCGGACAGCUGAGAGGCUUCCAGACAUGCGUCUCACCGUUCCUGCAACCGAGGCGAAUAUGUCAGCCAGAGGACCAGUCCAUCUCCCAGAAGCGGGCGUCUGGACUGCAGAGGUUCCAGGUCUGUCCUGGGCAUGGGCCAUACUGCGUGUAACUGGUCUGUUAGUCCCUCCAGUACUUGGCUCACGAAAAACAACUCCAUUAGCCCUUCUAUUGUUAGCAGGGCCAGUGGGGGGAGGGGAAGGCGGUAGAGAAGGUGAAGGGGGGGGAGGAGGAGGGGGGGAUGGUGGUGGUGAGAGUCCGAGAGAGGAGGGGCCUGGGGGAGCGGCAGCAGUAGCAGGAACAGGAUGCAGUGGAGGUGGGCGACGAGUACAUCCGCCGUUGUUGACAUGCACGUCCUGUUGCAUAGCAGGAGCAGGUUCCGCCAGAGGUGCUGAAGGUGGGAACAUCCUUGCAUUCAGAGGCGGAUGUUUCUGAUGACGGGGCUGCUCUCCACGGACCGUACCAGCAUCAGGGCCAGUUCCAGGUGCAAGUGGCGGUGUAGUCCUGCUGCGCUAUGAGGCUUCAAACCUUUCCAUCAUCCCCAACAUGCGCUCGAACCUAGAAAUUUGUUGCGCCUGCUGUCUCUCCAUCAUCUUACUCUGUUCCAUUUGCGCCCUCUAAACAAAGUCAAGGUUCAUCA